AUGGUUUUCAAUGCCUGCGGAAGACGCAGCGGCAACCUUGUGAGUUCCGCUUUAAGAACGGGCCGGAGGUACUCCGGCACGUUACAUAAACUUUACACUCAGUUGAAACCACAAGAACUACUUCCAGACAAUACGCCGGAUUAUGUGCGGAUGAUACUGCGCUCCUCAGUUUACGAUGUUAUCGAGGAAUCGCCUAUGUCUGAAGCGAAACUGCUCUCGGCCAAGCUGGAUACAAAUGUGUGCCUGAAGCGUGAAGACCUGCUGCCUGUGUUCUCAUUCAAACUACGAGGCGCGUAUAAUAUGAUAUCCAACCUAGACGAAUACCAGAAGAGCGCAGGUGUCAUCGCGUGCUCUGCGGGAAACCACGCGCAGGGUGUUGCGUUCUCCGCACGGGAAUUGGGUAUACGAGCAAUGAUUGUGAUGCCCACUUCGACGCCGUCUAUCAAAUACAACAGUGUCGCAGCGAUGGGGGCGGAGGUAGUAUUGUACGGGAAAGACUUCGAUGAGGCGAAAGCCGAGUGUGCCCGGCUUGCGCAGCUUCACAAGCUCACCGAUAUACCCCCCUUUGACCACCCAUAUGUCAUUGCUGGCCAGGGAACCAUCGCAACGGAAAUUCUCCGGCAAGUGCACAAUGCCAGUCAGAUUGGCGCGGUGUUCUGCGGCGUGGGCGGAGGGGGUCUGAUAGCCGGCAUUGGGUCGUACCUGAAACGGAUUGCGCCACAUAUCAAAAUCAUAGGUGUCGAGACGCAUGACGCCCCCACUCUGCACACCGCUCUGAAGCAGGGACGCCGCACAAUGCUGCCUGCGGUCGGCUGUUUCGCAGAUGGCACGUCCGUGCGAAUGAUGGGCGAGGAAACGUUCCGUGUAGCACGCGAUGUUGUCGAUGAGGUGGUGCUGGUCAACACGGACGAGCUUUGCGCCGCAAUCAAGGAUAUAUUCGAGGACACAAGAGCGAUUGUUGAGCCUUCCGGCGCGCUGGGGGUUGCAGGUCUAAAGAAGUACAUAGCCAGCCAUCAAGACGCCGAGAACAGUCGCCACACCUAUGUCCCCGUGCUAUCGGGCGCGAACAUGAAUUUCGACCGCUUACGCUUCGUCAGCGAGCGCGCGGUGCUAGGCGAAGGCAAGGAGGUGUUCCUGGCCGUCACUAUCCCGGACGUGCCUGGCUCCUUUAAGCGCAUGAACCAGAUCAUCCACCCCCGCGCCGUAACAGAGUUCUCCUACCGCUACAAUGAGCAUGCUCGCCGCAACCAAGACGGCACCGCCCGGGCCUGUAUCUACACCUCUUUUAGCGUGGCCGACCCUGCCGCCGAGGUGCCCGACGUUCUCACUCGUCUUCGCGCGCUCGGCUUCGAUGCCCGCGAUAUUUCCGCGAACGAGCUCGCCAAGUCCCACGCGCGCUACCUCGUCGGCGGUGCCGCCCGUGUCCCGAACGAGCGGCUCUUUGCCUUCGAGUUCCCCGAGCGGCCUGGCGCGCUGACCAACUUCCUCGCUGGUCUCGACUCCUCCUGGAACAUCACGCUGUUCCAUUACCGCAACCACGGCGCGGACGUGGGCCGCGUACUUGUAGGCAUCGCAGUCCCUUCUGACGAAUACUCGGCCUUCGAUGCGUUCCUGAGCGGGCUCGGCUACGCCUACCAAGAAGAAACCGGUAACCCUGUCUAUCGCGAGUUUCUGCUCUGCUAA